AUGAAUUGCACAAAUUCCCUACUGGAUGAAGCCUAUGCAAGUUACAGUGGAUUGGACCUAACAUUGAAAGAUCAAUCUGUUCUGGAAUCACAUGUACAGGCAUCGUCAACACCAAGACGAGUCAAUUAUACUCUAUGGAAAACAACGCUGUGUGAACGAAAUGACGACUACUGUCCAGACCAAUUCAACACAUUUGAACACAACUCAAUUACUAAUUGUGACCAGUUGAAACGCAUUCAAAAUAACAACCAACUUCAUGAGAUAAAUAAACAACUUGACUUACCAUCUGCAUAUUAUGAUACUUCACAUUGUUGCAACACUAAAAUUUCACCGACUUCCUAUUAUCAGUCGGUUGAAUCAAAGAAUUCGGAAUACACAAGUGAGAUUGAGAAUCACAAUACACAAGUCCCACUUGACUUACGUCUGAAAUCACUUCCCAAUAUCUGCAAUGUGAACAACAUUAACAACAAAAACAAUGAUUGUAUUAGUGUAAAAGUGUCUAAAGAAGGUGUAGUGACACAACGUGGCAUAUUCAUACAUCCACUCUCAUCUGAUCAUCAAAUGAUACACAGACGAAACAAUCUGAAUACAACUAGUCAACCAAUUGAAAGUGAGAACUCAUUCAAUAUCCAAUCCUUACUAAGAAAUAAUGUGGAAGUCAUAAAUGACUGUACAACAAAUUCAAACCUGUAUACAGCGAAUUCGAAUACUGCAAGGAGAAACUGUAGCAAUACGCAAGCAGUCUGUCAGACAACAGACUCAAACUUCUCAUUCCCUCAAAUCCUGGUUAACUACUUACACAUGAUGAAUCCAUUAGCACUCGAUUCCCAUCCAUUGAAGUCAAGUGAGUCUCAUGUUUUAAAUGAGUUCCUUUUACCAAGACUGGAGGAGAGUACAGAACAUUUACUGCCGCCACCACCAUCAUCAUCAUCAUCGUCAUUGCUGUUGGCAUUCAGCUCGUCGGUUGCAAGAAUACCUCAGCUUAAUAACCAAACGAGCAAGCUGAAGCUCACGAGACCAGCAAAUGAAACAAUAAAUAAUUCGACAAAUCUAGAAACAUCAGAGUAUAGAAGUACAAACAUGGAUCCCACUGAGCACAAUUCGAAGGGAACAGAGUCUAACCACCAACCAGUGAUGCAUCAUCAUAAUCUGGAUUGCUCAUCGAUAUCGAGUGAAGAGGUUGUGAAGACUAGACCAGAGUGGGAUAGAAGUGUUGAUUUGGGCAAAACACCGAUCAUAUUUUAUUAUCCUGAACCAUCUGAUAGCAAGAAGAGAAUAAAGGUAGAUUCAGAUGAUGAUGAUGAUGAUGAUGAUGAUGAUGAUGAUGAUGAUGAUGAUGAUGAUGAUGAUGAUGAUGAUGAUGAUGAUGAUGAUGAUGAUGAUGAUGAUGAUGAUGAUGAUGAUGAUGAUGAUGAUGAUGAUGAUGAUGAUGAUGAUGAUAUCGAUUGA